AUGGCUACAUUGGCAGAACAUCCGGCGGUCGCGCCGUCAACAUUCGACCAGGACAUCGAGUCUUUCCUCGAUCUCGAUCAACUAGCAUACACCUCCGCAGAGCCCGCCCGCGCAAAGACCGCCCUGGCUGCUCAACCCACCCUACCAAGCACCGAGUUCAACGCUGGCGAUGUACGAAGUGCUGGUUUUGCCUCGACAACAAGUCAACAAGCCCCGAUUGCUUUCCAGGGUCCCAGUCACCAGUAUGAUGAACACAAGCAGCAGACCGGUCUGCCUCCAGGCGCUCUGGCUCAUGCCAUGACUUUCAACAACCACAUGAACGGCAUGGGAUACGGUGCCCCGAGUCCCGGAUUUCCCAUGGGCGGAGACCUCUACCCUAGCAGCCAACUGAAGCGCGAGGAGCCUUCCAUGGAUUUCAACAGCCCCCCGACUCGCAACACCUCGGAUAUGGACCUGGAGUCCGACAACAUGGGAUCGGUUCCUGGCUACUUCAUCUCCCCGAACCCGAGCACCAAGAGCCAGUUCGUCGACCCCAACGCCUUGGGCGGCCAUGAGAUGGCUUCCAUGGGUCCCUCCACUCAGGUUGGACGCAUGUAUCCGGGUAUGCACCAGCAGCAAGCUGCCAUGGCCAAGGCCGCUCAGCAACAGAAGCACAAUGAGUACCUUCGCCAGCAACACCUCCAGCAACAGCGCCGCAUGGACGAGCACAUGCACCACAAUGCAGCCCCCCACAGCCAGACCCCUCGCCCAUCCAACCCGGCUGUUGAGGAACGCAUCUCCCGCCUCUUGCAACAGAUGCGCCAGUCUGCCUUGAACUCGCCUGACGACUCCCCCUCUCCUCCUUCCCUCCUGCCUCAGAUGGCCAAGGCCAAGAAGGAGGAGCAGGAUAUGGAUGAAGAUGAGAGACUCUUGGCCAGCGAAGAAGGAAAGAAGCUCAGCAGCAAGGAACGUCGUCAGCUCCGGAACAAGGUUUCCGCUCGUGCUUUCCGAUCUCGCAGAAAGGAGUACAUUGGUCAGCUCGAGAGCGAGGUUGCCGCCAAAACCAACGAAGCCCACGAACUGCGUCUGCAGAACCGUUCCCUCUUCGAGGAGAACACCCGUCUCACCGACCUCGCCCGCAUGCUCCUGUCGUCCCCUCACUUCUCCUCGUUCCUGGACGAAAUGGGCCCCAACGGUCUUCCCCUGCCGAGCCAGGUGCAAUCGCAGCCCCACCCUCAGCACCACCAGCACCCUCAGCACCCCCAACAGGCCCAGCCUCAGCAGCAGCAGCCCCAGCAGCAAGCGCCCGCCAUGACGCAACCGCCAAUGCAGCAAGCUCCUCCCGUUGGUAUGGUCAUGGUCCCCAACCAGGGACUCGAUGUCUCGGCCAUGGGUAUGAACAACGGUGGCUGGAACUCCGGCAUCGACAUGAACUACGGCAACCCCUCCGUGUUCGCCGUCCUGGAAGUCCCUGAGCCCGCUAUUGACACCGAGGCCCUCUCUGGAAAGACCUCCAGCAUCGUGGACUCUUGUCUUCCCAGCGUUGCCAGCUCCAAGGACGAGGCUCCUGUUCUCGCCUCUAUGCCAGCUGUGGCCGAAACCGAGCAGAAGUCGGAUAUUGGCGUUGAGAACCCUGAUGUCGUGAUGGACGAGUCGGACCCUGCCUUCGCCCUCUUUGCUGAUAUGCCUGCCGCCCCUACAUCGCAAGGAUCUGCUUGUGCUUUCGAUGGCAUUGCUACUGGAAAGUCGACUUUUGAGCUUGUUGUCGAGGGCGAGGUCAAGGACAGUGCCCAACAAUUUGCUCAUCUCUGCCACAGCAUGGAAGCCGCUUUCGAGCGUGUGUCCAUGAUGACUGCUCAUCUUUCAUGA